UGUGGUUUAUCUGACCCGUCUGAGCCUCGCUGGACAAGAUGCCCACUCUUCUUAGUAGUUAGAGCGUUUUAUAUACGUUUUUUAACCACCGCAAGCUAUGGCAUCCAGCGUUGUUUGCCUGGGCAUUCUCGAGACCGGUCGGAUGAAGAAACUAACGCUGCAGGCAGGGCGACAAGAAGAGUUGCUGACGGCUCUCUCAUCUCUGGCAACUAUCAACGACAACACGUUGGAGUCAUGGGUUCUCGGCCUAUGCAACAAAUUUAACAACGUGCACAAGAAGGCGGAGAGCUUCCCACCUGAAAUGUCUGAGAAGCGGGUACAGAGCCUGCACAGAAUGCCACAGCAACCUCCAUCACCCAUUCCAAACAAGUUGUGCCACCUCUUUAAGGAUGUGCCACUGACGCCUUGUCUACUCGGAGAAGCCGACGUGGGACUGUCUCUACAAAGACAGGCAGCGCAUUUUUCAGAUGAAAUCCCUCCUCGGCGGCAUGGCGUGCCUUUUUGCGUCUUUUUGGGUGUUCAGUGUUGAAUAGCCCAAAAAGGCACCCCGAUUGCUGUCAUUUUUCAAGCAUGCCUUUUUGGGUCUUUG